ACACUACUUUACUAAGCUCUCAGAGCCUCAUCCCCAACUUCACCAUGGAAAACAACUCCCAGCAAGCCCAAGCGGCUGCGGCGCCGCGGCCAGCGCAGACCUCGGCUGCUGCAUACCCAGGUCAGCCGCCGUACCACCACCUUCUCCAACAACAGCAGCAACAGCUUCAAAUGUUCUGGAACUACCAGAGACAAGAGAUCGAGCAAGUGAACGACUUUAAGAAUCACCAGCUGCCAUUAGCCCGGAUCAAGAAAAUCAUGAAGGCCGACGAAGACGUCCGGAUGAUCUCCGCUGAGGCCCCCAUUCUCUUCGCCAAAGCCUGCGAGCUCUUCAUCUUGGAGCUGACCAUCCGCUCCUGGCUCCACGCCGAGGAGAACAAGAGGAGGACCCUCCAGAAGAACGAUAUUGCGGCGGCAAUUACUAGGACCGACAUUUUCGACUUUUUGGUCGACAUUGUGCCGAGGGAUGAGAUCAAGGAUGAGGCCGCCGGACUGGGAGUCGGCGUCGGAGUUGGGAUGGCACCGGGAGGAAUUCCUGUGGGGUCUGCUGCUAGUGGGGUGCCUUACUAUUAUCCCCCCUUGGGCCAGCCUGCUCCUCCUGGAGUGAUGAUCGGCAGGCCUGCUGUUGAUCCGAGUGUUUAUGUGCAGCAGCCGCCUCCGCCGUCGCAGGCCUGGCAGUCGGUUUGGCAGACGAGUGCGGCGGAUGAUGGGUCCUAUGCUACUGGAGGUGGAGCCAAUGGUGGCAGCCAGGGCAAUCUUGACGGCCAAGGGUAA